AUGCAAAGCUUUUUGUCAACACCUAAUUUUAAUAAAACUUUUUUUUAUAAAGAGCCUCAAACUCUCUAUAAACAGUUUUGUAAUGCAUUUGCUUAUUAUAAGCAAGUAUCUCUUUGUAACCUAAAUCCAAAUCGUCAACAACUCAUAAAGGAUUGUAAUUUUGCCUGGAAACAAAUUAAAAAGGAAGAAGAAGAGUUAUCUAAAAAUGCUGUAUGUCAAUGUGAUACACUUCAAAAAGUAAAAUCAGCAACUAAAAAGAUAUCGGAAUAUGAACAAAUGUUUUUAAUUUCAAUGGAUGAAUUGUUUAAGGAAACAUUGGUAUCAAACAUUGUUAAUGAAAAAAAAAUAAUCAAUGAACAAGAAACACAAUUCAAAAAGCUAAAACAUCAUUUCAAAGCACAGGCAAAACUAGCCGAAAAGAAAGUAAAAUUGCUUAAUGAAGGUAUUGUUGAAAAAUACGAAGGACCUGGAAGGCUAUCAGCAGCAAUGAUCCACUCUGAUUUUUGA